AUAUAUUAUCUAUGGCUUACAAACCGCCAGUUUUGUUUGGGUGGUGUUUUGAUUUGGUUGUAUGUUUAUCCAACCUAGUUUGCAGUCUACAAUAGUCAGUGGAGCUAGGAGUAUGUGCUAUUGAUAAGAACUGUGACUGUUACUUCAAGAUUGUAUACGACUUACAAACCACCAGUUUUGUGUGUGAUGAUUUAGUAUCUAAAAUGCUUGUCAACACGUAAAGUUUGUUUUUUGUAAUCGUACAGAGUAAUUUAAAUGGAUCCUCCACAAUAUCUAGACAGCCAAGCAUUGUUGAAAGGAGAGUAUGAGACACAAUUUUUCGGAUUUUCCUCGAGAUUUUUAUUCGUGCACCGAAAUAAAUUGGGGCUACGCUUGUUGUUUGGAACCAAAGGGCAAUUGUCUAGUGCUGAGAAACAGCUAGCACCGAUGUUUGCCAUGGUCAGUAGGAUUAUGGCUAGUGCCUAGAACUGCAGUUACAUUUAGUGCAAGGUUUGGUGCUUCUGGAAUCCAUUAGGAAUCCUGAUGUUGCUGCACUUAUCGAUGUGCAAGAUCUGGCUGGAUCUUCAUUAUUCAUGUCAGAGAUAAAUGACGGACAAUGGUGGGUUUGCAUGUCACUGGGCAGAAGGCAAAUUGAAGGACACCAUAAAUGGUAUUUUUAGUAGCCAAGCAACAAAUUUACAAGAUUGCUUGAUAAAGAAAGGGGGAUGGGAUGAAAAUGAAGCUAAAUCUGCAACUGACAUGUUGAUCCGUAAGUGUGAAUGUGCUCUUCAAGCACAUAGUGAUGAUUUGCAGAUAGCGUGUGAUUCGAAUUUUGGAAUUCCAAGUGGUGUUUUGCUACCUGAAGAUAGUGCACAGAAAGUUCAAUAUUCAAGUGAAGAAGCUGAAAAUCUUGAGAAAGAGUUAGAUUGUCUGAUGACUAGGUUAAGCAGGGCAAAGGCCAUGAAAUGCCAUUUGGCUAAUGAAUUAGAGGAAUUUGAAAAAUUGAAACCCGUAAUAGAAAAGAUGCACAAUCUGAGACUGGAGGUAUUAAAGAAUUUGGUUAAACAAGUGACGCAACAUGAACAGCAAUUGAAGAGACUAUCGAAAGUGUCAAAAUCAAUCUGUUCAGUUACCAGCAAAACAACAACGGAUAAAACAGACUUUCCUCAUAAAUUAGUGAAAGACAAAUUCCGUUGUUCCCCUCCUGAAUAGUCACGUACUAGUAUCUGAAAUUUGUUUCUGUACUGUGCUAAAUUUUUUAUCAGUGGACUCAUUAAUUUGUUUUGUAUUCAUAUUUACUUUGCUCAGCUGUUCAUUUGCCUCGUUCCUCACUAAAUCACACUUCUUGAUUAUCUCAGACUGUUAGCCGCCUUUUAACUUUUGUAUAGUGGAUUUUAAUUUUAGUAUUUUUUGAUUUGUCUGAGCCUUAUCCUGAGUCUGAGUCUUAGAAAUGUGUUCUUCCAACUUACUGGCUUAGUUGUAUUCAAUUUGAAAUUCAGGUCUGUAAUUAAGUUAUACUUUAGCAUUAGUUAUAUCCAGCUUGACAUUUACGUCAGUAAGAACAUUUUCAAACUCAAGCAUUUAAGUUACUGUUUAGUUCAGGAGGAGCAGAUAUUUCCUCUCACAAAGUUGCUACAAUUGCCAUCUCGUGUUGAAGAUGUGUGUCGUCCCUUGGCAUGGCUCACCACAUGAAAAUAAAAGUAAAAACCCCACACAACGCCUGUACCUUUACACUUGACACCAAAUUUUGUAACUCUUCAGUUGCAAUUAUCAUUUGUUGAUAAGGAGGUGUAGGGAUACUCAUCACUCCUUUGGAGUGGUAUACAGGGUGUCCUAAAAAAAAAACACUGGUAAGGUUUAGGGACAGGUCCCUUAUACAUAAGUAAGUAAAGAAGUCUAAUAAACCAUGGGCUGUAAAAUGCAUACCUUAAGAGGUAUUAGCACUUGUUCAGCUUCACUACUAUGAAAUAGAUCUCUUGUAUUGCAAGGUUUUUGCAUUCUAUAUUUUGGGAGGAGGUACUGACCAAAACAAGAAAAAAAAGGUCUAAUAAACAUGGAGUCCAAAAUGCAUACUGUAAUUGCUAGGAGCACUUGUUCAUCUUCACUUGUGUGAAAUACAUUUCUUGUACUGAACAAGUGCUCACAGCUGUUAAAGAAUGCAUUUUAGAGCCCAUGUUUACUAGCUAUUUUUCUUGUUUUGAUCAAUACUACCUCCUCACAAAAUAAGAAAGGCAAAGAGCUUGCAGCAGAAGAGAUGCGUUUCAUAGCAUCGAAGAUGAAUAAGGGCUCACAUCUCUUAUAGUUCGUGCUUUAGAGCCUGCGUUUACUAGACUUUUUUUUCUUGUUUUGGUAUACUGAGCCUGUCCCUAAAGCUUGUCAUGAUGUUGUUGU